CAGCCCCGCCCAGUGCUGGGAGGUGAGCUCUCAGUGGGAAGGCGCUGGCGGUGAGCUUAGCUUCUCGGUUCCAGGUACGAAGUUUUCCUGUAGCUGGUCCCAACUUUUUUCUUUUCACCCGCGGGGAGAGCUUGAGGCUGCAGGUCCUUCCUUCUUCUAUAUUCAGCCCCACUGGACCACUUCUUGGGCAUCAACAACCAUCCUGUUUUAAUUCUUCAUCCCACAGACACUGAGAAUUUUCCAUCGUUGCCUCCUUUUCAGCGCCAUCACCUCCUGUGCCUUGGGCUCCCAACCCCAGACCCUUCCUCGCAACUUGAACCUUGCCAAUGGACCUGAUUGGUUUUGGUUAUGCAGCCCUGGUGACAUUCGGAAGCAUUUUGGGAUAUAAGCGGAGAGGUGGUGUUCUGUCUCUGAUUGCUGGUCUUUUUGUUGGGUUUUUGGCUGGCUAUGGAGCUUACCGUGUCUCCAAUGACAAGCGAGAUGUAAAGCUGUCACUGUUUACAGCUUUCUUCCUGGCCACCAUAAUGGGGGUGAGAUUUAAGAGAUCCAAGAAAAUCAUGCCAGCUGGACUGGUUGCAGGUUUAAGCCUCUUGAUGAUCCUGAGACUUGUCUUACUGCUGCUUUGAGAAUCCAGAGAAAGUGAAAACUAAAUCUGAGUCAUUCUGCUGUAACGGGCAGAAGCCCACUGUUUGUAUUGAAAAGAUAAAUUCCAGUAUGGGAUGUUCGAUGUGGUCUUAUUUGAUGUUGGAAACUGCCCUAGAAACACUGUUGCCUCUAAUAAGGACACUAGUUUGAGGGAUUUUUGUUUUUUUUAAAUAAAUAGUUUAACUGUUUUCCAAUUGUUAGAUUCUGAUUUCAUUAAAGAUAUUUUCAUGAAAUUGUGAUGUACUCUUUGAUUUUUUUUUUAUGUCAUGUUUUAUAGAUGGUGGUUCCUAACACUCAUGUCUGGAAUAAGUUUAAAUUAUAAACUAACUUAUCAGAUGAUGGAAUGCCCUAAUUGGGCUUCACGGAAUGCUCUUGUAUCUAUUUGUCAUUUGUGUUAUAUUCGAUUUUUUUUCCAUUUUAAUUGUAUUUCUGCCUGUGGUUUUUUUUUUUUUCUUUAAUAAACUUCAUCCCCAGCACACUCUGUGCAAAUAGAAUGUAUUCAGUAUUCAAAUAAAAGACCUGUUUUAAACCUG